CACUUGUCAAAAAAAACUUCAAUCAUGUUCAAAUUUGUUAGCUCCUUAAUUGGAAGUGUCAUGGGAAAGAAGCGUUCCUUGGAAGCUGAACAACAUGAAGACAUUGUCGAAAAGAAGCAAAAGGUUGCGAAUAUGGUUCAUCGCAUCAGGGUCUCCAACUUGCCUGAAAGAGAUUUGCCCAUGGUCAAGAAAUAUUUUAAAAGUCUCGGAUAUAACCGAUUCAAGAAGGCUCCCCUCUGGUCAUAUGGAUAUAUUACUGUCGACUCUGAAGCACUUGCAAAGGAAGCUGUCAACACGAUUAGCAAUUUGACCUUUAAGGGUCAACAAUUGCAAGCUGAAUACGUACCUGAAAGUGAGGAUGCUCGCCGUGACACCUUUGCUCGUAAGAAGGGAAAGAAAAACGGAAAGAACCAAAUCGCAGAAGAGGAUGAUCAUCGUACGCCCAGUGAGAAAUUAGCAGAUCAAGUAACACCAUUGUGGAAGGAUAGCUAUGAAACUCAACUUGUCAAGAAGAACCGCAACGGUACCAAACAAUUAGCAAAUCUCAAGCGUAAAAUUGCAGAACUUAAAGAUGUUCGUGAUGAGUCUCAACGCUCAUGGGCUUUCCAAAAAGGUGCAUUCCCUUGUGAAGUUUUAGAUCCCAUUGGAUCUCCAGUUAUCGAUGGAUACCGUACCAAGUGUGAGUUCACCAUUGGCUAUAACCUUGAUCGUGAACCUACUGUUGGUUUCUUGUUGGGUCUCUACCGUGACGGUAUUACCUCUGUAUUGGAACCCAGCGAGUGUUUGAAUGUUUCUGAUAUUGCAAAGAAGAUUGCCAAGCUCAUGGGUGAGUAUGUUAGAAGAUCCGAUCUUCCUGCGUACGACCGUGUUGAAAAGACAGGUGUCUGGCGUACCAUCAUGACCAAGACUCAAAGCACUGGCGAUAUCUUAAUCCUCAUUCAAGUCCGUGCUGCUGAUUUAACUCCUGAACGUUUGCAACAAGAAAAGGACAAUUUGGUCAAAUUCUGGAACGAAGAAAGUGGUAUUGAUGUUACAACUUUGAUUUUCCAAGUCUGGGAUGGUAGUUCCAACGGUAUCACCGAUAAGGCUCCCAUGGAAACCUUGACAGGUGAUGGUUAUAUCCAUGAAGUCAUCCUUGGUAACCGUUUCCGUCUCUCUGCUAGCGCUUUCUUCCAAGUUAAUACACCCGCUGCUGAAAUUUUAUACGCUAAGUGUGCUGAAUGGUGCUCCAUUGAUCCUAACAAGAAGACAACCUUGUUGGAUCUCUGUUGUGGUACUGGUACUAUCGGUAUCACCAUGGCAAGAUCUGUCGAUCAUGUCAUUGGUAUCGAGAUGGUUCCUGAAGCUAUUGUUGAUGCUAAGGUCAACGCCAAGUUAAACGAUAUUAAUAAUGUUACAUACUAUGCCGCCAAGGUUGAGGACAAAAUCAAUGUUGUAACUAAUGCUGUUAAUGAGGAAGUGAUUGCUGUUUUAGAUCCUCCCAGAAAUGGUGUCCAUGCCUCAGUAAUUAGGGCCAUUAGAGAAGCUAAACAUAUCAGCCGUGUCAUUUAUAUUGCUUGUGAUAGUAAGCAAGCCAUCGAUAACUUCAUCGCUUUAUGUAGACCUGAAUCAAACAGAUAUAAGGGUAUGCCUUUCAAGCCUGCUCGUGCCGUUUCUGUUGAUUUGUUCCCCCAUACCGAUCAUUGUGAGCUCAUGGUUGAGUUUGUUCGCAUCGAAGAGGCAUCUGAGGAGGAGGGAGAGGAUGCAUAAAUACUUUUCUUUUUUUUUUCCUUAAAUACGCAUAACAUGUUUUUCUUUUUUCUUUUUUUUUUUGCGAUCUAAAUAAAUGGAAAAUGUAAUUACCAGA